UACGGACGGCGUCAGCAUGCCGCUCGCGCUCUCCGGGCAAACCCUUCUCCGAGCCGCGCGUUUCGUCGCGCGAAAGGACCGCUUUCUCCGUCUCCAUGGUUGUUCCACUCUUUUGAGAUGCCAGUGCUUUAGUUCAGAAAAUAAAGCAGCAGAAAAUGGCCCAGUGACUCCAAUGUUGAAACAUCUCAUGAUGAAAAUAAAGUCAACUGGUCCCAUUACAGUAGCUGAAUAUAUGCGAGAAGUUUUGACUAAUCCUGUGAAGGGAUACUAUAUGCACCAAGACAUGCUAGGAGAAAAAGGAGAUUUUGUUACUUCACCUGAAAUAAGUCAGAUCUUUGGGGAGUUAAUAGGUAUUUGGUUUGUUAGUGAAUGGAUGGCCACUGGCAAACCAAACAAAUUUCAGCUGGUGGAAUUGGGCCCAGGUAGAGGUAGCCUUACAGAUGAUAUUUUACGGGUUUUUAAUCAGCUGAGCUCUUUGCUUAGUAAAUGUGAUAUUUCUGUUCAUUUGGUGGAGGUCAGUCCCAAAUUAAGUGAGAUUCAAGCAUCAGUAUUAACAGAAGAAAAGACAGAAUUACAAGAGGGGCCUUCCGCUUACUUGCAAGGGGUUACUAAGACCGGACUGCCAAUUUCCUGGUAUCGAGACUUGAAUGAUGUGCCAAUAGGCUAUAGUUUUUAUUUAGCACAUGAAUUUCUUGAUGCUCUUCCUAUACAUAAAUUUCAGAAAACAGAAAAAGGGUGGUGUGAGUUGUUGGUUGACAUUGAUCCAGAAAGUCCUGAUAAGCUGCGAUUUGUCCUUGCACCAUCUGUCGCUCCAGCUACAGAAGCCUUCAUACAUAGCAAAGAAUCCAGAAAUCAUGUGGAAGUGUGUCCUGAUGCUGGUGUUAUCAUCCAGAAGCUGGCCCAUAAUAUUGAAAAGAAUGGAGGAGCUGCACUGGUUGUAGAUUAUGGUCAUGACGGAACCAAAACAGAUACUUUCAGGGGUUUCCGUGGUCAUAAACUUCACGAUGUGUUACUAUCCCCAGGAACAGCAGAUCUCACAGCAGAUGUUGACUUCAGUUAUCUGCGAAGAAUGGCACAGAAAAGAGUAGCCACAUUGGGUCCCAUAAUCCAACAGGAAUUUUUGAAAAACAUGGGCAUUGAUACCAGAUUGCAGGUACUAUUGCAGAAUGCUAGUGAUGCAGUUACUCACAAUCAGUUGCUCCGAAGUUAUGAAAUGCUGAUGGACCUAGAUAAAAUGGGAGGGCGCUUCAACUUUUUUGCCAUUGUGCCUCACUACAGAUGUAUGGCUUCAGACCAGCUAAUGAAGCCGGGUCACUCAACAUCACUUUCAGCACCUAUUGCUGGCUUUGGUGAACUUCUAUGGAAGUGAACCCUAAAUGUGAAAAUUUUUAUGUCAAAUAUGCAGGUGUCCUAUAGCAAUCCAUUAUGGAAAUAGGUUUCAGAUAAAACGAACAUGACUUAUGUCAAAUACCCAAUAAUUCCAUUAUUAUUAUAUCAUGUAACAUGCUCCCAGAAUAAAAAAUUAUGGCUUCAGUAAAACUGGGUGGAAAAAUGCAUCUCUUGUUCAUCUAAUAUUGUGUUAAUAUUGUAAAAUGUACGUGAUUGUACUACCUAGUAUUAAGCCUUGUGGUAAUUAUUUUAUUUAUAUCAUUUGUAAUACCACUCCACAUCUAGAGAGAUUCUGGAGCGGUGAAUAAGAGAUAAAAUGAAAAAAGACACCUGCCACAGGCAUUUACUAGAAAAGAGCCUAGUUAGAGGCAGAAAAAAUUAGGCAUGAUACAAACUGAGGGGGGAAAGUGU